AUAACAUUUGAAUUUAUUAAACCUGAUAUAAUAAGACCAACAAGUUUUAGAUUUGUUUUUAUUUUAAUUUCACUGUGCAGAUCAAUACUUUUCAAACUGACCAAAUAUAUGAUUCUAUAAUUUUUUUACUUUAAUCCUCUUUAAACGUAAAUUUAUCAAAUAUUUCUUAAUUUAAAUAGAGAAUGAUCUAUUUCAUUGAUUUUAAAGCCUCAUCUUUCUGGAAUCUUAAUAGAUACUUUACUCGCACUUUUAUACUGUCGCAAUAAAUGCUAUAAUAACUUUUGUACAAUAGAUCUACUUUAUUCAAAAUGCAGACUCAUUCGGAAAACAAUUUGGAGAAAAAGGACUCGAUGCCCAAGUAUUUCUCUGAAAAUGUAUACAAGGAAAUUGUAAAAUCGUUGGGUGAAUUUCAAAAACGUACCGCUAAUGCAGGGGAAAACAUGAACAGGGCCGAUAGGGACCAGCCUGAGAUUGAUAUGAAUUUUGAUCUGGCUCCACCACCAGACGCCCAAACUAAUUUUGGUUACUCUCCUAACUACAUUUUUGGGCCAGAGGUUAACGGCCACAUCCUCCGUGAUCAGCCAGGGAAAAAAAUCCCUGAGUACAACACUGUCAUGAACUCCAGGGAUUGCAUCUUACAAAGGAAAUACGACGCCAUGAUCCCAGAGAGUAACAUGAUGAACCAUGUCGAAGAUUCUAACCAAGUAAACAUGUCAAAAUUUGAAGAAAAACCAUCUCUAGAAACAGCAGAAAUGAGCUCUGAUAUGGUCAAAUGUAUUAAGAGCCCAGAGACCAGCCCUAACUUGCUUCCAGCUGCCACCGAGGCCUUCAACAUGAAAGCAGAACUUAAUGGUCAUCAACUUAUAAACGAGAUAAAUCAAAAUGAUUUGAGGCCGAACGGUGAGGAGCAUAAGAAAUUUUAUUCUGAAGAGGCUAGAAAGAUGCAGUACCAUAAUAAACCUUUCGAAUAUGGCUGUAUGAACUAUGACCAGUGUGGAAGUGAGAACCAAAUUUCUGAUCCAGGAUACUAUUAUUCACUUCCAUAUGACCCACAUUUAAUUCAGAAUAAACAAACUCUUGACGCAAAUUUAAAUUAUAUGAUGAAUUCGCCCGAAAAAGGAGUGGCUUAUUUUAACUCGAUAACACCAGUUUAUGAUGAUAAAACCAACACAUAUUAUCCCAAUUAUCAGGUUGAGGAUGAAAACAAUUCAAGUAUUAUCUAUCGUCAGACGAUGUUUCGCAAUGAAUUAUUAAGCGCCAGAAACAUAUCUCCAUUUUUCAAAUUCAUUUCGGCAGGUCAAAACUACAAUUUAGCCAACCCCUAUGGUACUAUUGAGUCAUAUUAUAAGUCAAACUCAAUGAAGCAGGACAUAGGGGAGAGGCACGACCAAAUUGACUCAAAUGAUCAAAAUGGCAACGGACAUGGUAGAAUCGCAACCAAACCGACCCAUGAUAAGAAGCGCAAUUCCAGGUCAACAUCAGCAGGAAGGCCCAAAUUAAAUAGAAAUCAUUACUCCUGUUCCAACUGUAACGUGAAAACCACGCCACAGUGGAGGUAUUAUAAGGGGGUGGCUGUAUGUAAUGCCUGUUACAUGAGAAUUAGGAAGGACAAAACUCAAUCAACUCAAAAUUCAAAAACAAAACAUAAAAAAAAAUAAAUAUUAGGAUAUUAGAACAUAAAAUUUAAUUUUUUAGAAUAAUAGGCUCUUAUAGAACCUAUAUUGUAAUUUAUUAUGUUCUUAAGGAAUCACCAAUUUAAUCAAAGAUUCUCAUGGAUCUCAACAAUUCAAUACAUUUUUAUAGCUCUCUAGAUGGUUUCAAUUUCAUUAUCAAUCAUUUUUAUUUAAUUUGUAAAAUUUUCUUAAUUAAUAUCAUUAUUUCAUAUA